UAUUCCUAUUCUUUAGUUUGUACUGUCUUCUCCAUUUCCACCAUGCUAAUGCAUUAAUGCACAUAUAACCUAACCAAAAAAAAUUUGUAUCCAUGCUUUUUGCUAUGCAUCCUGCCUUAUUUUGGAGUUUAACUGAUUAUCAGCCCACCUUAACAUGCAAAGUCUACGAAACUCUAUCUUGAGAUACGUGAGUGUUAGGGUCUCAAUGAAAGAUUGGUUCCUUGCUAAAAAUGGGAACCCACUCAACGGAGCCUACCAGCAACUGCCAAUAUGCAGCAUGUCCAAUGGUACUAAUUAUGAUCAGAUAAUGGAUAGAGUGAUAGGGAUGGUCAAGAGAUCCAACAGCAUUGAUGCCACUAAGGUUACUGAAACAGCUGAUUUCCAGAAGGACUUGUCCCUCGACAGCUUGGACAGGGUAGAACUUGUCAUGGCUUUUGAGCAAGAAUUCUCCAUUGAGAUCCCCGAUGAGAAAGCUGAUAGACUUAAAUGCUGUGCUGAUGUUACUAAAUAUAUCAUUUCUGAAGCUGAUCAGAAAAUUGCAGAGAAGUCCUGAUUGAAAAGCUGAAACUUCUUGUGAUUCUAUUGUUUCUUGCUUUGGCAUAAGAAUACAUUCAAGGGUUCUUUCAAAUGUUGUCUCUCAGAACUAUGAUAAUGAAUAGUUGUUGACUGCAAGAUUUAAAUUUCUUUUAACUCUGGUUUUGUUUGAAUCUGUUUUGUUUUUGGAAUUGCUGAGAAUAUAUGCUACAUUACAUGGCGCAAUGAAUUU